UCCGGCCGCCCCUCAACUGGUCUUCCCCCUCCCCUCCGCCUCCUCGUCUCCCUCCCGCUCCUGGGAAAGCAAAGCUGCGGCUUAAGGGGUGGUUGAGAGAAGCAGUCGGUGCCUCAGGGAGGGGACCGCGUCCGCCCCCUUGGAACAGUGGAACACGGCUGAUACAGGGAUACAAAAAUGAAGAUAUGGUGUGUACUUUUAUUAAUCAAGUUGAAGAAACAAGACUUCAAAGGAGGACAGGUGUGAGGCCAGUACACCUUUGACUCAAUGGGGCUUCAUUGGUUACAAAAUGUCCUCCUAUGCAUGAGAUCUACAGACUAUAUGUUCUUCAAGAACUGAUCAGUGGUUUUCACCUUCUGGAAGAACAUUAGAAGCAUAAAUAUGGUGCCAAAACUCCUCAUUCUCUGACUGUGGUGAUCUGGACCUACUUUUGUGUUGAAGAGAAGUAUACACGCUGAGGUCACUCAUUGUUCAGAGACUGUCGUGUAGGAACAUGGACCAUUCUAAUAGAGAAAAGGAUGAUAGACAACGGACAACUAAAACCAUGGCACAAAGGAAUACACACUGUUCCCGACCAUCUGGCACUUCAACAUCCUCUGGGGUUCUCAUGGUGGGACCCAACUUCAGGGUUGGCAAGAAGAUAGGGUGUGGGAACUUCGGAGAGCUCAGAUUAGGUAAAAAUCUCUACACCAAUGAAUAUGUAGCCAUUAAACUGGAACCAAUAAAAUCACGUGCUCCACAACUUCAUUUAGAGUACAGGUUUUAUAAACAGCUCGGCAGUGCAGGUGAAGGUCUCCCACAGGUUUAUUACUUUGGACCAUGUGGGAAGUACAAUGCCAUGGUGCUGGAACUCCUUGGCCCUAGCUUGGAAGACUUGUUUGACCUCUGUGACCGAACGUUUACUUUGAAGACGGUGUUAAUGAUAGCCAUCCAGUUGCUUUCUCGAAUGGAGUAUGUACACUCAAAGAAUCUCAUUUACCGAGAUGUCAAACCAGAGAACUUCUUGAUUGGCCGACAAGGCAAUAAGAAAGAGCAUGUAAUACACAUUAUAGAUUUUGGACUGGCCAAGGAAUACAUUGAUCCUGAAACCAAAAAACACAUACCUUACAGAGAGCACAAAAGCUUAACUGGAACUGCGCGAUACAUGUCUAUCAACACACAUCUAGGCAAAGAGCAAAGCCGGCGGGAUGAUUUGGAAGCCCUGGGCCAUAUGUUCAUGUACUUCCUUCGAGGCAGCCUACCCUGGCAAGGACUCAAGGCUGAUACAUUAAAAGAGAGAUAUCAGAAAAUUGGUGAUACCAAAAGGAAUACUCCCAUCGAAGCUCUCUGUGAGAACUUUCCAGAGGAGAUGAUGACCUACCUUCGAUAUGUCAGGAGAUUAGACUUCUUUGAAAAACCUGAUUAUGAGUAUUUACGGAACCUCUUCACAGAUCUGUUUGAACGGAAAGGCUAUACUUUUGACUAUGCCUAUGAUUGGGUUGGAAGGCCUAUUCCUACUCCAGUAGGAUCAGUUCAUGUAGAUUCUGGUGCAUCUGCAAUAACUCGAGAAAGCCACACACACAGGGAUCGACCAUCACAACAACAGCCUCUUAGAAAUCAGACCACAUCUUCAGAGCGCCGAGGAGAGUGGGAAAUCCAGCCCAGCCGGCAGACCAAUACCUCAUACCUGACGUCUCACUUGGCCGCAGACCGCCAUGGGGGUUCAGUACAGGUGGUUAGCUCAACCAAUGGAGAGCUGAAUGUUGAUGACCCCACUGGAGCUCACUCCAGUGCACCGAUCACAGCUCAUGCCGAAGUGGAGGUAGUGGAGGAAGCUAACUGCCUGAAAAUGCUCAACCUGUGGUGCUGCUGUUUCUUUAAGAGGAAAAGGAAGAAGACUGCUCAGCGACACAAGUGACCAGUGCCUCCCAGGAGUCCUCAAGUCCUGGGGACUCUGGCUUCAAUUGCACCUGCAGCUCCUGCCAUUUCUCAUUGGAAGGGACUCCUCUGUGGGGGAGGGUAGAGAUCCAAACCAAAAAGAAGAAAACAGAUGCCCCCAGAAGGAGCCAGUGCAGGCAGCCAGGGCCAAGUGGGCCAGUGGCAAUCCCCUCUGUCUGAGCUCUGAGCGGGUCCAGAGCUGCUGCUUCUCCACUGCUUGCCCUUGGGCUAUCUGGUUGACUCUCUUCCCAUUGUUUACAGUGAAGGUGUCAUUCACAAAAACUCAAGGACUACUGUUCUCUUCCCUUCUCUUCCUUUACUCCUGGCUCUUGCACCAUCCUCAACCCUCUCCAGCAUAAAAACUACUAAGCUAAAGGCUCUGUCAAGAAGCUGGUGGUGUGGCCAAGAAGAUAGGGGAAGAUGACAGCCCUGGGCUGGAGAACGUCUCCACGUCCCAGGUGUGUCUGGUAGUAUGGUUUCCUCCUUCUGUGCCUGGGUAACCCCUCAGCCCAGCUGGCCACAGGGUUCUGGUCCCUUUCUUGGUCCCUCCCUCCCUCCCUCCCUCCCUCCCUCCCUCCCUCCCUCCCUCCUGUGAAGUUACACUCUAGGACACAAGCUGUGAGCUAUCUGCAGUCUACUGUCCCUGUGUAUUGGCAUUCUUAGCUUUUUUUUGACAAGCAGAUCCUUUGCUCCAGGCUGUAGCAAAACAAGCCUGUGGCUCUGAGCAAAGGAGAAGAAACUGACUUUAUUGCACUUUUAGUUUGGGGGUUUGUUUUUUUAUUUUGUAAACAACAUGGCAGAUGCAUAUUGUGUCUGGUUAUAUUGGGGGGUUACUUUUUUCUUUUUUCAAGGGGGAUGGGCCAGCCAAGCCAUUCAGAGAAAAGGUGGGUCCAGAGGACAUUCUUGAUGGAAAGAGUCUGAUUUGCAGCACUUGGAAGAGAAGAAGCCAAACUCUGCGUCAUCCUGAGUAAAUACUCAGGUUGGCAAGGAAACAUACUUGAAUUUUCAUUCAUCUUCUCUGCUGCAGAAAAAAGUCCCCACCAGAGUCCCUUUACCUAAUCAGCCCAGAGCUGGAAAGCCCAGCUCCUGAGCACUUGGGAUAAGCACCGAGCCAGACUGUGCCGGCCAGAAGGCCCCUCACCUCAGAGAGGAGAAACUUAACAACAACAGCAAAGCAAGAUUUCUGUUUCCUCCACGCCAGGGACGUCCUACUAGAUAGCCAUGUGACUUUCUGUUGACUCGGGGAACAAAAUUAGUGACUAAACAGCCACCACCAUAUUGCCAGUAGUGGACAAAAGAAGGCACCAAAUUUGCCUUCCAACUGCCAGAGGAACCUCAGGAUGCAGCAUCCUAGGGCCAGGAAAAGAAAAAUAAAUACUUUCUGUCUGCCUGAAGUAAGCUAGAACAUUUGGGUCAGUCUGCCUUAGAACCCAGGCCUGUGGAAUCUUGGAGCAUAUCCAUGGCAGCAGGCUGAGAACUCGGUACGUGGGCUGCAGGACGCAGGGAAGGUAAGACUGGUUGGUGCUAGGAAAUUCCAGGGAAAAGGAAACUGUAAUGAAAGGUCUACAAUUUAUCUUACAAUUGAACAGACUCUGUCCAGAUAAUAUGACCACAUAUCUUAGCAUGUUUUCCCCAUACACUCUACCUGUCACCAUUUUCUUCCCUGGACAUGCCACCAUGAAGCAUCACUGGCUGCAGAGUUAACUGCGUGGGGUUACUCUUCCCAUGUUCUAUUUCAUUUCAGAUUAGUAGCAUUUCCAGAUAGUGACUUCUUAUACUAGUUGUGGCAAGAAGAAUUUUUCAUGUGGGAAAAGAGGUCUGUGUCUGGGUAUAAAGAGCUAAGCACACAGGACAGUGGCUAGUGACUUAGUGCAGCACAGAACCCUUUGCUUGUUUAUGUAGAGGACUGGAAGAUGUCAGGACACUUGGUGGUCAUGGAUCAAAUUUAGUAUCGGAUGAAGCAGAGAGUUCGUGCGCCUUACCUGUUCUGUGGACCUUGGCUAGGGAAUCUCUCCUCCCACUGCCUUCAGACCUGCUCAGCAUUUGUGAAGAUGGCCACCUGGCUGUUUCUAUACAUGAAAUGUACUUGUCUGUGAAACAGAGUGUCUGGGAGAAGUCAGGUCAAAUCCCUUUCCCAUAAGGAAUUUGAGUGUUAGGAUUUGCUUCCUUUUUACUCUAUAGUAGUUAAAGCUCAUUACUAAAUUUUAUAUAGUCCCUCGUUUGGCAUGUGGGCAACUCUGACUACCCCUACAGAAACUUAAAAAUCCUCAUCCCAGGAAAUGGUGGCAAGCCCUAGAGCAUCCUGGCACUCUCUGCCCCACUAAGUGCCUCCCCCACCCUGCUUCCAAGACAAAGCAAAGGCAGUGGCCUGCUUGGCUGCAGGGUGGGGUGCCCUGCAGCUGGGCUUAAGACUUCUUUUUUGUCUUAAAAUAUUUUUAUAGGCUAGCUCUUGAGUGGUUGAACCUGAGUGGUUUGUGGGUGUGGGGGAAGGUCCUUCCUACUACACUGUUGGCACCCUCCAACACCCACAAAUCCCUUAAUAGAUAUUUGGGUUUUGUAGCAAAGGUCCCUUUAAAAUGCAGGAUGGGUGGUGAUCCUUUCAAAGCUAUUGACACUCUAAGGUGAUCCCAACCCUGAGUAAUUCUCUUAUCUUCUUUAAAAUUCAAAUAUAACUGAAUUCCCCAGGAACAAUCUGUUCAUCAGUUCAGCCCCCACCCCACCCCAGCACAUCAAGCUUCAUGCACAUCCCUGUUUCUUUUACCUGCCUGACUGCAAACUCAGCCAGAUCCACGGGCACAGGCACUCACUCCAUCUUCCUGCAUCUAAGUCCACUUACUCCAUCUCAGGUAUGACACCUGAGGACAGUUUUCUUUAAGAUUGAUGCAUUUACUUCCCCUUAAACUAACUCACCUGUUCCCUGAGAUGGGGCAUUUCAUACUGUGCUAUUUGGAGUUUUCCUCAAGCUUUGCUGUCCUUGAGACAUUGCAGUCUGAGCAUACUAAGGUCCAACCGGACCAGGGCUACACCACGGUGUAAAGUGUCCAGGCAUACAAGUGGGUUUUCAGAGUACUUACUCAGACUGCCCACAAGGCUGCACUGAAUGUGCCAGCAGCUAGUGAGCACUCCUGACUGCCUUAAUUAACAUUCUUCUAUUCUGGGUCUGUCCAGGAGCAAACAGGGUCUGUGAAGGUAUGUGUAAGUCAGGUGACUAGCUAAGUCUCCAGUUCAAAUUCCCAUUUCAGGGGUUGGGGAUUUAGCUCAGUGCUAGAGCGCUUGCCUAGCAAGCGCAAGGCCCUGGGUUUACGGUCCUCGGCUCCG